AUGGCCGACCAGUUGCAGGAAUCCGACGGCCUUCGCGAGCGCAAAAAGACGGUCCGUUUCGAGCCCGACGAGAAGCUGCCCCGGCGCAACAAGGCGAUGAAGUCGAAUGAGAGCGAGAAGCUCGUCCAGCCCACUACAAAUGACGGGUGGCGCGAGCAAAUCGAGAGGGCAUCGGAUGACACUACCCCGCCGAUUCCGAAGGAGCUGGAGAGCGCGUGGCAGGACUUCAUCUCUCACUACUUCCCCAUGUCGUUUCUGCUCACCAUCGUCCUGCUGGGCGGCAACCUGGGCGCGUACAUCUUCGCGGAGUACAUCGAAAAGGACUGCUGGGUGCCGUUCUUCCUCCAGCUGACCGCCUGGUUCUUCCUCCAGGCCCAAGUGAUCGGCAACGCGCUCGCCGUCCAAUCGCAACGACACAAGGACUGCCCGAUGUACCAGAUGAAUCGGCUCGGGCUGAAUGCGAAAAAGCUGGCCCUCAGCUCCGACCGGAAAGCGACCAUCGGCACCAAGGUGUACAGGGAAUGGCGCUACUGUAAGACAUGCGAAAGGGUGAUGCCGGUUCGUUCUGUCCACUGCUAUCUAUGCGGAAAGUGCACCCUCCGCAACGACCACCACUGCUACAUGGUCGGCUACUGUGUGGCCGUGCAGACGCAGCGCUACUUCCUGACGAUGUGCUUCUACAUCACGGUGAUGGGGCUGUGGGGCUCGAUCGUGUCGUUCAGCUACCACUGGGACGAGAUUGUCUACAUGACGCCGACCUGCUGGGACGAUAUUGUGUACGCGUGGGGUGUGCUGUGCGGCGUUCCCGGGCAGUUGUGGCAAGAUCCGGAGGGCUCAAUCACACGCGCCUUCUGGGCGACCCUGUUCUACGAGAAGCCGCUCAUCAUCACCCUGCCCGUCACCCAGGUUGCCCUCCUCGCUGUCGUCGGCGGGAUCACCUUCUUCUCACAGGGGAUCUGGAACGUGUACAUCGGGCUGGCCCAAAAAGAGCGCUAUCACCUGGGCGGCAUCGCCACCGGCGAGCAGUACCACUCGACUUUUGUCGAACGCUUCCUGUUCAUGUUCGGGUCGAAUUUCCCGCUCGGGCUGCUCUGGCCGAUGAAGUGGGAGGAAGUCGAGUGGAGCGGAAAGUUUAUCGACUCGGUGCUGCUACAUCCGCUGAUCGCCGACGAGGACAUUACCGAAGUGACCGACGACGCCGGCCAAUCGACAGAAGCC